UCGGACAAUAAAGUGGGGUUGUAUGGUGGAGGCGCCCAUUCCCACGGGAUUUAUCGUGAUACUAACCAAGAUUAGGACACACAAGAUGGUCUUCAACAGUGAAAUGAGACAUAGGAAAGCUGCAAGGAUCUGACUCAAAAGUGACAAAACAGCCAUUUCGAUGCCAGGAGGACAUCGGAGCAGCGGUGAGAGGAACGACAGCCUGUCGUGUCCAGUCCCUCCAACUGGGUACGGUGACCAAUAAUGGAAGUGGCCUUACCCAUGGCGGCGGCAGCCAAUAUGGAUUGUUACGAAGACAUGUUCAAGGAGAUCACGAGGAAACUGUACGGCGAGGAAGGGUUACAGGACAACAACGGUGAAGGGGGCACAGGGGGAGGUAGUAGUAAUAGUGGAGGUGGGAGUGAGGGCGGCAUAGCGACAAGCAUGCGCGCUGCUGCCGCCGCAGCAGCAGCAGGCGUAGGUGUGAUGCCAGACUAUGAAGGAGAAGGUAACGGUGGCGGGUUCAAACCCGAUGAUGGGCAUCAUUCACAUGGUGCUUUAACAGCUUUCGGCCUGGCGGCAUUAAUGCAGAACGGCUUCCCCCCGCCACCAGGGAUGUUGAGUGCUCAUCAUCAUUUUCAAGACGCAAAGUACAGAGGCGGAGCCGUAGGAGUUGGCGGGGGUGGCCAUCAUCAUCACCUGCACCACCACCAUACCACUAGUUCCUCCGACAACAGUAAUACGGUGGCAGAGGACAAGUGGGUUUCCAGUGAGGAGGUACUUCAGUGGACCAGCUCCAAGAUUGCUAGCUACAACCCAGCCCAGAAACUGUUUCGUUGCUCUGAAUGUGAAUGUGUAGGGUUCCUGUCUCGCGUGGCGGAGCACUGGCUUGGAACGCAUGCCAAUCUGCGAGUAUUCCAGUGUCCUCAGUGUCCGUACUCGAGUGCCUGGGCGCGCUGCGUGAGGAUGCACCUUACCCGCCAACAUAACGUGACCGAGACGCCAGGGGACGGCGUGGCUACCUUAUAUAAAGAAAACCCCGUCCUGGAAGAGGUUACCAAAUUUUUACAAAGACUCAAGACCAAAGUAGAAACGGCGCCUACAACCACCAACAAUAGCGGUGGGGUAAACAACCAGAAGAAUCAACACGAGUUCCAUCAUCAACCUCCAGUUAGUGGUAGGACCAACACCUCGACCGACAAUCAGAGUACAAAGCGUUAUUCCUGUACGUAUUGCCCUUACGCCACUGAUCGGCGUGACCUCUUCACGCGCCACGAAAAUAUCCACCGCGAAGAGAAACCUUUCCAGUGUUACGUGUGCCAGAAACAGUUCAAUCGCGCGGACCAUGUCAAAAAACACUUCCUACGCAUGCACCGCGAUUACCCUUACGAUCUUAACCGUAUACGACGCCAACCGCCUAAGAACGCUAGCGGCAUGUCUUACUAUCAUAAAUACAACAAUAACUCGACUACAGCUGGGUCCAACAACACGCAUCGUCAGCACGACAACCAGAACAACCAUCAAGCAAUAAUGACACCCCAGAUCCAUCAAGUGCACCAGCACCAUAACCUCAAUAUCCCCGGAGGAUUUUCCCCUGUGGGCCUGAGGCCUGGCACGAAUCUUCCACCGAUCAGCAAACCCAAAUCACAGCCACCGCCCCCGCAGCAUAACCACAACGGCUGCAACGCGAAGUCUCAUGGCAGCAAGACAAAGAAGAAGGGUGAGAAACGUUAUUCUUGCUGUUAUUGUGCGUGGUCUGGUGUUGACAACUGGUGCCUGAAGCGCCACCUCAACACGCAUCUGAAACCGUUCGUGUGUGUUCUGUGCGACUACAAGGCGGCUCGCUCGGAACGGCUCGCAACCCACGUUCUCAAAGUUCACAACAAAAGAGCAUGUGGCCGGUGCUCCUUCCUAGCCGAUGACCAAGCUCAGCUCAGCAUUCAUCUUCAAGAGCACCAUCCACUGGAACACAGAAACAAUCGUUCUUCCAACAACGUCCUUCGAAAUGUUGGCUUCUCAAGCCAUCCACCAUCAGUGCCAGGCUCCUUUGGGAAUCAGAAUGUUGGCUCCACCAACAACAGCCACGGCCUGGUGAAACGCGAGCAUUUUGAACUGGAGACAGUCACGGCUAGUGCUGUACUGCAACAGCACGGCCGUGUGGUGCCUCCUCCAAACCUGCACAGCCACCACAAUUCUGGGGAGGACCAGUACAUGAGGGCAACCAAGCAGCACUAUGGCGCUGCGCGGCUGUUCCACUACAUGGAGGCCUCAGACACAUCUGAUCCUGAGGAAAAUGGGACUGACUACCAGGAGGAGGAAGAAGAGGAGCCGCCUCCGUUCAUCUGCCGUGAGUGUGGCUGUGAAUUUGUGGACGAUACCUCACUCGAGACGCACGACUACACACAUCACCAUACCAAACGCCCUUUGCCUGUGGUGGAGACUACCAGCAGUAGCAGUAAGCCCCUGCCGUACCAGUGUAGUGUCUGUGGGUGCAGCUUGGCAUCGCAGAUGGCCAUGAUGGAACACAUGCGUACCCACACAGGACUUGUGGUCCACUGCCGUGCGGAAAGCUGUGACUUCUCGACGCCACUAGGCACAGAUACCCUGCGAGAACAUGUUGCGACACUGCACGGGAACGAAGGCGGCUGCUGUACAGCUCGAUGUCCCCACUGUGGUUUGGCGUUAGGUACGGGUGAUGCGAUCAAACGCCACCAAGGGCAGCAUCAUGAUGCACUAGAGAAGUGCGCCUUGUGCGACGCAAUCUUCAGGAAACAUUUUGCCAGCACUGUAAAAGACAACGUGAACAACAAUGUAUGCAAUAACAGGAGAUGCAGUAGUAGUGGUGUGACUGAUUCAAACAUGAACCAUUCUACCUUGCUUCAGAGGGCAGAAGACCACAGCAGUCGUGAUGGAACUACAGGAUCUAAACGUUCCAGAAAACAGAGCCAACCAAGGAGAGUUGUUCCAGAUGUUCUCGAUUCGGAGAUGGAGAUCCAAGUCUUGCGCCACCCAGGGUUCCUCAAAAGUAGAUUACCAAAGAGAAAACAUCAAACCAGUGCUGCAGAAAUGUCACAACUCAGGGACAAAUAUGUUGAACUGCUUCUGGCACGGAAGGGUCUGAAGUGCAAUUGGUGCCGGCAGGAAAUGUUCACAUUUCCAUACCACACAGCAGUCAGCCUGGCGUUCCACCAGCUAUGGCGACACACCAGGACCAAAUUUCAGUGUGAACACUGCGAGCAUGCUUACCGGCAUCGCUACCAGGUGGUACUUCAUGCCAGCAGGGAACACGUCACCAUUAAACCAUCAUCAUCCAGGAGGAGGUCAUCACCAUCAUCACCACAGCCACCAUCGGCAUCAUCCGAACCAGUAACAGUGCCUGAACCUUCUUCAAAGGAACCAAAACUUUCACCUGUACCUGCACCAACAGAAUCUUCAUUUUCAAGCAUCAAUGUACCUGAUUUAUUAGUAAACCCAAAUACAACUGUAAAUAUAUCCCUACUAAGAGACCCCAAACCCUGUCACAUAGACUCAUCCAUGCUGAACACACCUCUGGCUGCACCAAUACCUCCAAAAUCCUCCUCCUCCUCCUCACCAUCAUGAGACAUGUUCAUACCUAGUAGCAUUUAAAUUCUGCAUCACAUUCUGUCUAUUCAUAUGUAUUUGUGUGUAUAAUAAUGUUUUCUUGAGCAAUGUAGUAUGUGUCAUCUGUAAUAGACACAAGUAGGUAUUACAGUAUUUCAUAUAUUUGCAGCAAGACUUUUGCACCUGUAUUCUAUUGGUUGACACUACCGUUCAGUACUUAAUGUUCAUUAAUCAUACAUUUUAAAAAGAAAGCCACAGAAAUAACAGGUGGAUAGUCUUCUAUGAAACAACGAACAGAGCCAAAGCACUGCAAGCAAUAACUCAGUAGUUGAGUGCACUGUCUCUGUACCGCAGACUUUUUAUUUUCAUGAUUCAACAUUCUAAUAAUAAAAAUAAUACGUGUUGAUGAACUAUUUAUCAUGCCUGUAACUACUUCAGCAAUGCAAAUACCAAGCUAGCACCUACAAAUAUGUCCAAGGAAUCUUGUGGUGUUGUCGGCUGAUGUGAUGACAUUGUCUGGAUUUCAUUCAUGUCAUAAAAAUGCUGUAAGAACUAUCACUGAAAACUGUGUUAAUUUUUCCUGUAAAUCUUUGACAGAGUUCAUUUUCCUGAUAUACUAUCUAUAUUAGAACAAGAUACAAAUUACCAUCUAAGUAUAUAAUUUAUAUCCUGUUCCUGUAAGUGAUUUUAGAAUUACAAGUAUAUCAAUUCAAAAUAAAGUAUUCAAAACCAGUGUUAAACAAAAGUCAGGCUAAUAACUGCAUCACACACACACUCAAUGCACUGAUAUAACUCUUAUUUUACAUGUUGAAAGGAACUACAGACUCUCUUUCCAAUUUACGACCAUAAAUAAAAUGUAAAUACUGGGAUGAAUACUGUUGCUGUUUAAUGACAGAUUUAUCAGUUUAGCUCUUUAAACACAUAUGCAACAUAUAACCACUGUUCACUUUUUGGCUGCUUAUCUCAUUCAAGUUUGAAUUACUCUUAUUUCAUCUCAAUACUCUAUUGCUUACCAUUGAAAUUUUGAAGCGCAAGGAAGAUUUAUAUCCUGUGGCAGAGUUAUGAGGUUUCAUUAUCUAAAUCUCUGGUAAAGUGAGCUUCACUGGGGAAUCUUUAUGUGACAGCCAUCCAUGUUUUAUUGAUGUAGAGGUACUUCAAGAGGCAGUUUCAAAGCAGACAUGUUAACACAGCUACACUGCAGUAGGUUUCAAAUUUGCUACAGUAAUCAAUGCAAGACACCCUCCUACUGCACAUUAACUUUGUAGAAAAACAGUAUUUAAGACUGUAAAUUUGCCAUUUGCACAAGGAAAAAGCUAUGCUUUUGCUGAACAGAUCUUUAACUUAAAUAAUGGAAGCUCAUGCUGCUCAUUGGUGAAACAAUUCUGGCCAGUAUGGGACAACUGGACUAUAGUUUUUCAAGUUUUUUUUUUAUGUGACCGCAAAUCAUUUGUCCACAGAAAUUUUCAAGUUGUCUUUAUACACUUAAUGAUAGCAUGUGAAAGGCAUCAGAUGGCAACGCUUAAAAUUACAAAGAUAUAUUAAUGAAUGUGGACAUUCAUGUAAUUCCCAUAUUACAUGUGGUCCAAUUUUAAACAGAAUUCUCCAUAUCAAUUUAUUUGCAUUGGGGGAGGACGGGGACUGACGUACAUAAAGCAGCAGGAAAAGUUGCAAAACACCCAGUUUGUUUUCGACACCAGAAUAGAGUCUAUGGCAUUCCAAAUUAUGGUAAGAUUAAUGGCGCUAACAUUCAAACUUCAAAUAAAUUAUUACAUAAUAUAUUCCAGUUUCCUUGCCUGUAUCAUUUCAAGCACCCUGAGUUGCUCAACGGGUGAGAUAAGGAUAGGUUAGCAUUACGUAAAUAUCAAUUAAUCAAGAUUCCAACUUUCACGUACAACACACUCAUAUGCUGGUUUUAAUAUAGUGAAAGCUACUAUUCUGGCAGCAUACAACUUACAUCUUGUGUUGAGCAAUUCAUUUUCCUAGAUUACUUGUAUAGUUGACAGGAAACUGGGUGCAGAAAACCCAACAGUAUAGAAAUCUUUUAUUUACUCAGUUUAAAAUUAAAAUAUUAUGCACAGUAAAACCAUUAUCUUACCAGACCAGCGUCCCAUGAGUCCCAGAAGAGUCCAAGACCUCUGAUGAUGAAUGGAGAUGUUUACUGAAAAAAAUAGUAUUUCUUUUUAGAUUUCAUAAAAAUGGUUUAAUGAUACUAAAUUAUUACUAAAAUCAGUUUGCUUUAAUUUCAGUUUUAAAUAUUUAUUGGACAGGGGAAGGAAUAAAUGGACUGGGAUUUUGCAGAACAGUACAGUGUAUUAAGAGAGCUGCACAAGAAAGAAAAGCUGUAGAUAGAUUUUACCUCUGCUAAAAAUUUUCAUGCAAUGAAAUUCGUAAGUGUACAGAAUAUAAUUUGAGAAAUAAAACAGUUCCUUUCAAGAUUGUAAAUUUAAAAAUAUAUGACCAAAAUACGAAGUCCAUGGUUUGUUCUACUGUUGUUUCUAUAAUUAAUGUGGAAUUUUUAUUACAUAAUUAAGUGGAGGAAUUGUUUUGAAAGAGACU